AUGAGUCCCGAUGCGACAGGGAAAAAUGGUGUCGCCUUUGACUUGGAAUUCUGGGCGCGUAGCCAGCGACCUCCUCUCUAUAAUAAUCAUGCCAUGUUGGGUCGUAUGACAAUUGAUACAAAGGGUCGGCUCUGGGUGCCUCUUCAUGGAGGUUCACAUGUCCUUCAAAUUAAUCCACGUUUUGGCGAAGUGAUGCAAGCUAUUCGUAUACCUGCAGUCAAAGUGACCGCAUGCGUUUUCGGAGACCUUUACUCAAAUGCUUUAUAUGUAUCUACACUAGCAUUUGGUGCUAACGAAAAAGCUCCAGCUGGCGAUCAGGGUGGUAGCAUUUUCAGAAUCACCCAACUUAACGGAGACGUGAAUGGACAUGCUGCAUGGCCAUUCGUGAUAUAUUCGUUAUAA